AAAUGGCAACAGGAACAGCUCCACCAAGAGGCAGUGCAGCAGCAGCUGCAAGCAUGAGGAGGAGGAGAACCACAAGCGGUGCGGCUUCAGGAGGGGCUGCCGGGACUAUGCUUCAAUUUUACACAGAUGAUGCACCAGGGCUCAAAAUCUCUCCAAAUGUUGUGCUUGUCAUGAGCAUUGGUUUCAUUGCUUUUGUAGCUAUUCUUCAUGUGAUGGGCAAGUUGUAUUUUGUUCGUAGGGAGGCUUGAAAAACUAAGUUUCAAACUGCUAUUUUCGGUUUUGUUUUGAUAGAUUCAAUUUCUCACUCUUUUCUUUAUAAUGAAAGUACAUUUUAAUUUUCAUUUUCUAAAUAUAAUUGCUCUGUUGUUCAUUAUUUUUCAA